AGUGUGCGUCGUCACGCAUUGGGUGGUCGUCGGGGGUCCCGCUGCGUUUGGCAUGACGGAUGAGUCUGUGUUUGAUCAUGCAACAGAGGUCUGGUCUCGACUGUUCGACCAUCGACCUUUUAUGAGAGGAGAAAUUAAGUCUUUCAUCCAUCAUUUUGAGCUGAAGCACGCAGGCGGCCAGGCGCCCGAGCUGGGCACGCCGCUGCGCCAGGUGCGCGAGAUCAGCGACGGCCUCGUGGACGGCUGCCGUGACCUGCUGGCGCAGACGCUGCCGACGCUGCUAGAGGACGCGGACCUGGUGCAGAGCCAGUGCCAGACCGUGCUGCGUGACGCCGGCGCCAGCGACCUGGCGAAGGACCGUACGGCCGAGCUGCAGAUCGUCCGCGAACAAGACUGGGGCCAGUUCCUGACUGAGAUCGAGCAGCUGCGCGCCCAGGUCGACCAGGAGUUCGCCCGCAAGGAGCACGAUCUGCAUGAGCACUACCGACGCGCCGAACGGAAGCUCAACUAGAUCUGGGUUGCCUGCGCCGCUGACGAGCGGGGCGUGCAGGAUGGAGCUGUGUCCGUCGGAGGAGGCGCGCGCCGCCGUCCGCCGGCUGCU